UUGUGGGUUGCGUGGUUUCCCUCAGAGAUUUUUCACCUCACCAGGGCGCGAGAAUCUUGGAAACAGCCACCAGGGUGGGCGGGGCAAGGGCUGGUGCUCCACCAAUCACCGAGCCAGCCCCUGGAAGCGCUGAGCCGUGGCCAAUCGGAACGCAGCGGCUUCCUCCUAGCCUGGCGCGCGAUUAUUUGAAGACGCUCACGGAGCGGCUGGCUAGGCUGAGGAGAGCUCGCGCGGGUCUGAGGCGCAGGAAUUCAAUAAAGAAAAUGGCAGCUCUUACUCCAAGGAAGAGGAAGCAGGAUUCUUUGAAGUGUGACAGCCUUUUACACUUCACUGAAAAUCUGUUUCCAUCACCUAAUAAAAAGCACUGUUUUUAUCAAAACAGUGAUAAAAAUGAAGAAAACCUGCAUUGCUCUCAACAAGAGCAUUUUGUUUUAAGUGCGCUCAAAACAACUGAAAUAAAUAGACUGCCAUCAGCAAAUCAAGGCUCACCAUUUAAAUCUGCGCUGUCCACUGUAUCUUUUUACAACCAAAAUAAGUGGUACCUCAAUCCACUGGAGAGAAAGCUGAUAAAAGAGAGUAGAUCUACUUGUCUAAAAACUAAUGAUGAAGAUAAAUCUUUUCCCAUUGUGACAGAGAAAAUGCAAGGAAAACCAGUCUGCUCCAAGAAUAACAACAAAAAACCACAGAAGAGUUUAACUGCUAAGUAUCAACCAAAGUAUAGACACAUCAAGCCUAUGUCAAGGAAUUCUAGAAACUCCAAGCAAAAUCGAGUGAUCUAUAAGCCAAUUGUGGAGAAAGAAAAUAAUUGUCAUUCAGCUGAAAAUAAUCCCAAUGCUCCUCGGGUUCUGAGCCAAAAAAUAAAACCACAAGUUACACUCCAGGGUGGAGCAGCAUUUUUUGUUAGAAAAAAAUCUUCUCUUAGAAAAUGGUCCCUGGAAAAUGAGCCGUCACUGGGACGCACCCAAAAGAGUAAAUCAGAAGUCAUUGAAGAUUCUGAUGUAGAGACUGUCAGUGAAAAAAAAACUUUUGCGACAAGGCAAGUGCCAAAGUGCUUGGUCCUAGAAGAGAAAUCGAAAAUUGGACUACUGAGUGCAAGCAGUAAAAAUAAAGAGAAAUUAAUAAAGGAUUCAUCAGAUGACAGAGUUUCUUCAAAGGAACAUAAAGUUGAUAAAAAUGAGGCUUUUUCUUCAAAGGAUUCUCUUGGUGAGAAUAAGACAAUUUCUCCUAAGUCCACUGUCUAUCCAAUCUUCAGUGCAUCUUCAGUCAAUUCAAAAAGAUCUUUAGGUGAAGAACAGUUUUCUGUGGGAUCUGUCAACUUCAUGAAACAGACCAAUAUCCAGAAAAAUACUAAUACCAGAGAUACAAGUAAAAAAGCAAAAGACCAGCUCAUCAUCGACGCUGGUCAGAAACAUUUUGGGGCUACUGUGUGCAAGUCUUGUGGUAUGAUAUAUACUGCUUCCAACCCUGAAGAUGAAAUGCAGCAUGUACAGCAUCACCACAGGUUUCUGGAAGGAAUCAAAUAUGUGGGUUGGAAGAAAGAACGUGUAGUAGCAGAGUUUUGGGAUGGGAAAAUCGUGUUGGUUCUGCCACAUGAUCCAAGCUUUGCUAUCAAAAAGGUAGAAGAUGUCCAAGAACUUGUUGAUAAUGAAUUGGGCUUCCAGCAAGUUGUUCCUAAAUGUCCAAACAAAAUAAAAACUUUUCUUUUUAUAUCUGAUGAAAAGAGAGUAGUUGGGUGUUUAAUUGCAGAACCCAUCAAACAGGCAUUUCGUGUCCUGUCUGAACCAAUUGGUCCGGAAUCCCCAAGCUCUACGGAAUGUCCUAGGGCUUGGCAAUGUUCAGAUGUACCAGAACCUGCAGUCUGUGGGAUAAGUAGAAUCUGGGUUUUCAGACUGAAGAGAAGAAAGCGCAUUGCAAGACGACUGGUUGAUACCCUCAGGAAUUGCUUCAUGUUUGGCUGUUUUCUCAGCACUGAUGAAAUAGCAUUUUCUGACCCAACACCAGAUGGCAAGUUAUUUGCAACCAAGUACUGCAACACUCCUAAUUUCCUCGUAUAUAAUUUUAAUAGUUAAAGCUGAUUUCAGUUAUAAAGGAGUUACUAUCUGGAUAAGUUCAAAGAGCUCCUUAUUAUAAAAUACAAACUAUUUAAUAAAUAUCAAAAUAAAAAAUACCGAGACUCACACUCAUACACACACACACACACACACACACGUCACAGUUUUGUUCCUUAUGAGUUGAAAAGUCAGGAAUAAAUUUGUUGAAAAUUAUCUGGGGAUUCAAAGGAAAAAUCUUUGGGUGAUUCACUGAUUAGCACUCUGAAUGUUUAAUUAUGAAACUUUGUAGCUAUAACUGGAAAAUUACCUGACUCUUAUGUAAGAGUAUUAAAUACAAAGUGAUUUUUCUCUAGAAAUGUGACCUGGUCUUUUAUAAAGCACACUCUUAGACCAGGAUUAUCUAAUGCCACAUCAGAAGCAAACAGGCAAAUUUAAACUUGGGCAAGUAAUUUCUGUGCCCAAUUUGUAAAGGGAAUUCCUGAAUUUAUUUUUUUUUUUUAAAUAGAGGCAUGGGUCUCACUGUGUUGCCCAGGCUGGUCUGAAACUUUUGGGCUCAAGCGAUCCUCCCAAAAUGCUGGGAUUACAGUCAUGAGCCACCGUGCCCAGCUUAAUUCCUGACUUCUCUAUACAGAGUCUUCACUUGAUAGGCACUCGUCUGUAGUAACUCAGUUUGAAUAUCUUUAGAAAAUGUUUAGAAUUUAUUUGUAACAAGAUGGUAAGGAAUAAGAUUAUCCCAUAUGCAUUUCUGUAGAGCAGAAUUUUAUAGCUUAAUGUUUAAUCUUUUUGAAAAUAAAUGUUUACCUGUCAUCAGAUUUAAUUAAAAUUAUACUUAGUAAUUGCACUAUUAGUUAAUUUUUGUUGUAUGGAAAUAUUGGUAGUACUACUUUGGGAACCUGUUACUGACAAUUGAUGUCAUUAACAAAAUGCCUAGUUGGAUUAGAUGUUUCAUUUUCUAAUUUUUUGCUUGUUUAAAAUGCACCUUACUUGUUCUGAGAUACCUGGCAAAAAGUCUUUACAAAAUGUAUGGUAAUAGAACCAAGGUUAGUAAAUAUACAUAGGCUGGUGGAUUAGAGACCAUGGAACUGUGUAAAUACACUUAAAUGUUCACACAUUUUUCUAGUGUAAUUCUUGGAUACUUUAAAAAGCAAAACAUUGUUCAAAUUGUUUUGAUUCUGAAAAAUCAUUCAACUGCUAACUGGCAAUAAGACUCUAGGCAAGUCGUUUUCCAGAUUGUAAUUAUAUGUAGAAACUAUUCAUCUGCAUUCAUUUUAUUUGCCUGUAAGUUAACAUGUUUCCAAAAUUUAAAAGCCUGGGUCCCCAAAAGAAUGUGGAAGUAUUAAAAUGUAUGUAAUUAUGCAAACAUUUUAAUGCUAUUUUCUGCACUUAUUUCUUUUAAAUAUUUUAUUUAAAAUUUUUAAUUAACAUUUUGUUUGCUUAAUGCUUUUGUAAUGAAUCAAUUAAAAUUCUUUAUUUUAUACAACUAAA